GACGGACGCUGAGGCUGACGCUCAGUUAAAAAAUCAUGCUUCACAACAAUCAUACAAAUACACCUUGGGAUUCCAAUCGUCAGCUAGGCAGGUCCUCGAUUUCCAAGUGUGUUUGACUUUUAACAGAGUUAAAUAUCUGGGAUCAAGCAACGUCCAGGCAGCGGCUGAUAAUUUACAUCAGCCACCCUCGGAACCAUGACAGCUCCACCCACCAGCCUCUUUCGCAAAGCUCACGUCUUCUUCGUCGCCAACUCUCCCCUCCAUGCGAACUUGGCCGUCCUUCGAAAUUCACCCUACCCUCCUAUCACUGUAUCCACAGGCAAAGAGAGGGCUACCCUAUCAACUGCCAACCGCAUCCUCUUUAGCACCAGUAGCACCAGCAGCACCAGCAGCCGAUCAGAAGCUCCGGACCAAAAACAACAGCAAUGUCGACGUAAAGUCAAGCAUACCAAUGCCCAAGGGUCAGCUGGUAUAAACAACAAUCCCGAAGUCCCGACCUUCAGCUUUGAAGGAUUAGGCUUAAGUAGGAACAUGAAGAUGGUGGUGUUGGGGUUAGUCGGGGUGUUCGGCACGGUGGAAACGUGGUUCUGGUCCAAGGCGAUUUGGAGAUGGUGGGCGGGAUCUGAGGAUGCGGGGGAUGGUGAAUGAGGAGAAUAUUGGUGGGAUGUGGAGAGCUGGUUUUUCCUUCUGAGGAAUGAAAGCUGGAUAUAAUCAGAUCUCCCUAAUAUGUGCUAGUGCUGGUAUGAAUGGAAGCUUGGGGGUUUGUUUGGUGCGAUUAGGUGUAUGAUCAGUGUAAAGUAACACAUGUAUAAUUAACCUUUUAGUUUAUGAAAACAAUCUCCCUUCUAUAGUUACCUAAGAG